CAAGCCAUAACAAAUAUUUCACUCAGUCAGUGAGCUGUUAACAAAACGGCUUCAGUCGGAAAAAUAAAUAAAUAUAGAAAGCAAUGGAGGCAAUCAAACAUUUGGCAGAGGAAGCCUACAACUUAACGCUCAAUCGAGAGCUGUUUAUCAACGAAUGGGCCCAAGAGCGCUUGAGUUUCGCAGAGCCUCUUUGGCGUUUUCUCAGCGUUAAUCUGGAGCCGAACAACCUCUACAACUUUUUCAUUCCGCUGAGUGUCAUCUUCAGUCAUGAAAUACUCAUGCAUCUUUUGUCCGCUGUUACCCUGGUCACCACUCUAAAUUCCUUCGAAAAGUGGAUUUAUCAGGAGAUGCGUCCUUUGUGGUUUCUGCGGGAGCAGUUUGCCAAUGAAAAGCUUUCCGUGAAGCCGCAGGUGGCCUUGGAGAGUCAUCAGCUGAGUUGCGAGACGAGCGGUGGGCUGCCCUGCGCCCACUCGAUGACCUUCACGGUGUUCGUCCUUAUCCUGGCCUCGUACUUCUUUGUCCACUGCUGGGAUCGUUUGGUGUCCUGGCGCUCGCCCGUGUACCGCUUCCUAAUGUAUCCGCUGAUCGUCGGAGUGGUCGUCUGCAUGUGGCUGAGUCGCCUCUAUUUGGCCACUGAGUUCCUACACCAGUGCAUCCUGGGCAGCUACUUUGGGAUCAGGGCUCUCAACUUUUUCGAGGCCAACAUCAAGUAUUUGUACUCCCGAUCACGAGGUUAUGCGGUUUCGAUUGUUUGCUUCUUGGGAGGCUUGGCACUAGUGGUAUACUUUAUGAAACUGAGCCUUGAUAUGGAUCCCCAUUGGUCUGUGCGACAGGCCUUUAAAUGGUGCCCGGAGCCCACUUACAUGCGUCAUGAAGCGAGUCCGAUUUUUCAAAUUGUCCGAGAUCUGGGAAAUCUAAUGGGACUGGCGCUUGCCUCGCCCCUCUAUACACUCGAGAUGAAACAGUCAACAUUUUGGCGUCGCUGCCGAGUCCUAGGAAUUUUGGAGUUUGUCAAUUACGGAUUGCGCAUAUCCACGCCAAAGCAGUAUGGUCGCUUUGUUUUCUUGGCCUGGGAAUUUUUCAGAAAUGCCUUUCAUUCCCUAGUACUGCUAAAGUACGUGACGAAAUUUUACUAAAAUCAGAUCAAACUUUUAGACUUUUGUACAUAAAAAAACUUUGGUUAAGGGAUAUUACUUUUAAAGAAAUCAAAAAUUUAUCAAGAAAUAAAAUUACGAUUUCAAUGGCU